GCAGUUAAAACCCAUAAAAGGUCACAGACUGCUUGGAGCCUUUGCCAAACUUUCCGAGUCAGUCUGCUCUCAGUGCUAAAGGAGGGAGGAAGUUACAGCAUUUCUUUAAAAAAAAAAAGUACUAGAACGAAGCCCUCUAGUGACGAUGUCGGAAGAAGGUCACGUGAAAGUCCUCAACGAAACAGGCGAAGAAAGCAAUGCGCAGGUCCUCGAUUCCGUGGCUGUGUCCCAACGGCUGCAAAAGGCUAUGCUGAAGAUGACGGGGAAGUUUUUAGACGAAACAACAGGCAAGGUGAAUUAUGCAAGUCUUAAAUCAUCGGAGGAAUUCAGGGAAUAUUGUGCGACAGCGGGACAGCUUCGUGCAGUCGACGUCGAGAAACUGGACGAGAAGGAGAAGCUGGCGUUCUUUAUCAACGUGUACAACGCCCUGACGGUGCACAGCCUGACGGAGAUCCAGGGCGAGAGGCGCAUCGACACCGCCCUCGAUGUCCCCGCCUUCUGGAGUAGCCACGCCUACAGGAUCGGCCCCUUCGUCUGCUCUCUGGACGACAUCGAGCACGGGGUUCUCAGAGGGAACAAGGCCCACCCUAGCACCGGACGACCCGUGAUUCCCGAGGACGACCCGAGACUCAAGUACCAGGUCUCGACACUUGAGCCUCGGAUCCACUUCGCCCUCAACUGCGGCGCUAUGUCCUGCCCGAUGGUCCGCGUCUACAGCAGCAACAACUUGGAAGUGGCUCUCGAGGGGGCUACGAGGUCCUAUUUGACUCAGGAAGUGAAGGUCGAGGACGACGUGGUGAGGCUACCCGAGAUUCUCAGCUGGUAUCGAGAUGACUUCGCUCCCGACGAGAUGGGGAUGCUGAGAUGGAUCAGGACCUACCUGGAGGAGAAGGAGCAGCUUGCCCUCGACACUCUGAUGGCAACUGGAGGCUCAGCUGGCCCCAAGGUCGAGUUCUUCUACAACUGGUCCUUGAAUAAACUCUAGCAAGGGCUAAAUGACCGAGUUUCUGUGGAAUGAGGAUUUGUCUUAAUUUUGUUUCUGGGUUAAAUGUAUCUCUUGAAGUGGGAAAUGUGGAUUAUUAUUAUUGUUAUUGUUAUUAUUAAUAUCAUUGUUAUCAUCAUCUCUAUUGUUAUUAAGUAAUAAUAAUAAUAGAUUUUUCUCGUUGAAGGCACUUCGUUUGUUUUGCAAGCAGAUAUAUAAAAUAACAAUUAUUAAAUUAACAAGCACGUAGACAGACAAGAAGAAUAAUUAUGAAGACAUGGAAGGAGGUAGAGAAGAUGGCUUACAAGCAGGGGAGUAAAGAUUAAUAGAAAAAUAAAGAUAGAAAUUUAAAAGCAUGAGAAAAUCUACAGCCAGAUACGAUGGAAAGAGGCGAUAAGUAGACAGACAGGCGAAUGAAGCAGGCAUAAUAACAAGCUUUCUCUCCCUAAUGUUACUAAUAAUGAGCGGAUAAUUCAUCAAAGUUAAAAAGUCCCAUUAACUGCUAGGACAACUUGAACUUCCGUCAAAGGGUCUUACAAUUACUCAUGUCUGCCAGGCGUAGGUUUUUAUAUGCUAUUCUAUCUAUUUAACCUCUGUUUUCAGAUCAGUUUACUUUCAUUCCUGUCUUUUGCCUUUUCUUGGGAUCAUGAUAAUUAACAACUUUGCCACUGAAUGCGCAAGCCAGCUGAACCCAGUUAUAGCGACCCCAUAUACGAAUUGGGCAAAGUUACAUGAAAAGAAUAAUAACAAACUGUUGAUUCUUGCCUUUCAAUCGUCGACUCUUAAGGCUCUUGGAUCCUUCUUUUGGGUUCGAUUCUUCUUGUCAGCGCCAGAUCUAUAUUUUGUUUCGUUUUUUUUUUGUUCUUUAGGUAUUGUUUCUUUCUGAAUUUCUCAACAUUUUUCAUUUAUUUUUUUUCUCUAUCGUCAUUCUCGAUUUUUUUAUAUAGAGAAAUUUUCGCCAUAUCGUCUAUAGUUUUUUGCUAUUCUAGUCCAGUCUCUUUUUGUCUUAUUUCUUGUAUCCUAUAGACUUGCUAGAUUUGGCAUUACAGAAUUUACAUCGGUAGGCUCGACGGACUAAUUACGUGCCUAGACAUCUGGUGGCAUCUUAUCUUCUCUUCGAUAUUCAGUGUGAUGAUAGUCUAAUUCCAGAGCCCCUAAUGGUAUCCACAUCUGAAUCUGAUAGUGAUGGUCAUAUCGUGUAAUGGUUUUAAGAUAAAAAUGAAAUAAAUAAAGAAAAAAGAAAAUACUGUAGAAUUCUGGAACCUUCUAAUUUUUGGAUCGCUUGAUUAUUAUUGAGGUCUCAAGGCUAUGGGCUUCAUGGAACGACGAAUUCUCUGACUUUUUUUCUUCAUGUAUAUUGCCUGCUCUCUCUCUCUCUCUCUCUCUCUCUCUCUCUCUCUCUCUCUCUCUCUCUCUCUCUCUCUCUCUCUCUCUCUCUCUCUCUCUAACUCUCUCUAACUCUCUCUAACUCUCUCUCUCUCUCUCUCUCUCGCUCUCUCUAUCUCUCUCUCUCUCUCUCUUUUUCUCUCUCUCUGUAAAUUUGCACUUGUCGUUUCAAUCCGUUCCCCAUUCUAACACCAUUCUUCUAAGUAUUUGCAUCACCCUUUCUUCCUCAAACGUUGAGAUGAGAGUGAUAUAGUACCUGCAAAUGAAAUGUCCCUCGAGGUUUCCUUUAGUCCAGACUUCGUAAUUUCUUCAUCACAAAUUCCAGAAAGGUGUUCAAAAGGACUGGUGAGAGAAGGGAUCUCAGCGAACAGUUAACUCUCCGUCAGUUACUUCUCCGCAUUGCAAUGGACGGGAUCUCUGUGGUGUUAAUUGCCUUGGAGUCCGUCCAUUGUUCUUAUUUUCCAAAUUGAUUCGUUCCAGAUUGUGUCAGAAGUUUCCUUGAAGUCUAUGAAUAAAUAGAUAAAUUAAUAAGUGAAUAAAAAACUUGAGCGGGACCCA